GGGAAACGGACAGGAAGGAGUUGAGUUUUUGCCGCGAAACAGUCACCGGGAGCAGCUGCGUGUGUGUGCACACAGAGAGUUUUCCUGUUGACCCAGAGAGAAAACCAGUCCGCAGUUAUCCAGACUCUCUGUCCUCCGGCCUGCUUCAGGAUGUCUGGCUUCGACGACCCGGGAGUGUACUACAGCGACAGCUUCGGAGGAGGAGAGGGGCCCGGCGCGGAUGAAGGCGGACAGAAGAGGACCCACAUCAAGAAGCGGUUCCGUGAGUUCCUCCGCCAGUUCAGAGUGGGGACCGACCGGACCGGGUUCACUUAUAAAUACAGAGAUGAGCUCAAGAGACACUACACCCUGGGGGAGUACUGGGUGGAGGUGGAGAUGGAGGACCUCGCCAGCUUUGACGAGGAUCUGUCGGACUGCCUCUACAAGCUGCCCACCGAGAACCUGCCGCUGCUGGAGGAAGCCGCUAAGGAUGUAGCCGAUGAAGUGACCCGUCCCCGACCGGUAGGGGAGGAGACGGUCCAGGAUAUCCAGGUCAUGCUGAAGAGCGACGCACAUCACACCUCCAUCCGCGGCCUCAAGUCCGAGCAGGUGUCUCGCCUGGUGAAGGUGCACGGCAUCAUCAUCUCGGCCACGGCUGUGAAGGCGAAGGCCACCAAGGUGUGUCUGCAGUGUCGCGGCUGCCGCGGCGUCAUCAACAACAUCCAGCUGCCUCCCGGCCUGCAGGGCUACGCUCUGCCGCGCAAGUGCAACAAUGAUAAUCCCGGAAGGGUGAAGUGUCCCGUGGAUCCUUACUUCAUCAUCCCCGACCGCUGCGCUUGCGUCGACUUCCAGACGCUCCGGCUGCAGGAGUCUCCAGACGCCGUGCCUCAUGGAGAGAUGCCGCGCCACCUGCAGCUCUACUCUGACCGGUACCUGUGUGACCGUGUGGUCCCAGGCAACAGAGUGACCAUCAUGGGUAUCUACUCCAUCAAGAAGGUGGCUGCUGCGAAGGCCAAAGGGAGAGAGAAGAGUGCCGGCGUGGGCAUUCGUGCGUCCUACCUGCGGGUGGUCGGCAUCCAGAUGGACACAGAAGGGGCAGGUCGUGGUGCCACUGGCUCAGUGUCUCCACAGGAAGAGGAGGAGCUGAGAGCUCUGGCUGCCACUCCUAACGUCUACGCCUCUCUGGCGCGCUCCUUGGCUCCGUCCAUCUACGGCAGCGACGAUCUGAAAAAGGCCAUCACCUGUCUGUUGUUCGGAGGCUCGAGGAAGAGGCUGCCCGAUGGUCUCACCCGCAGGGGGGACAUCAACCUGCUCAUGCUGGGAGAUCCAGGCACAGCCAAGUCUCAGCUGCUCAAGUUUGUGGAGAGAUGCUCGCCUAUCGGGGUUUACACCUCAGGUAAGGGCAGCAGUGCAGCUGGUCUGACUGCCUCCGUGUUGAGGGACCCCGCCACCCGUGGAUUCAUCAUGGAGGGAGGAGCCAUGGUGCUGGCCGACGGAGGAGUCGUCUGCAUCGACGAGUUCGACAAGAUGCGAGAGGACGACAGAGUGGCCAUCCACGAAGCCAUGGAGCAGCAGACCAUCUCCAUCGCCAAGGCCGGCAUCACCACCACCCUGAACUCCCGCUGCUCAGUGCUGGCUGCAGCUAACUCCGUGUUUGGCCGCUGGGACGACACAAAGGGGGAGGACAACAUCGACUUCAUGCCCACCAUUUUGUCCCGUUUUGAUAUGAUCUUCAUCAUUAAAGACCAACACGACCAGCAGAGGGACAUGACCCUGGCUCGCCACGUGAUGAACGUUCACCUGAGCGCUCAGACGCAGACGGAGGGCGUCGAGGGCGAGAUUCCGCUGGCCACCUUCAAGAAAUACAUCGCCUACGCCAGAGCUAAGUGUGGCCCUCGGCUGUCUGCUGCCGCUGCGGAGAAGCUGAAGAACAGAUACGUGGUGAUGAGGAGCGGAGCAAAGGAGCACGAAAGGGAGACGGACAAGAGGCCCUCCAUCCCCAUCACCGUCAGGCAGCUGGAGGCCAUCGUGCGUAUCGCGGAGUCGCUGGCCAAGAUGAAGCUGCAGGCCGUGGCCGGAGAGGAGGAGGUGGACGAGGCCCUCAGACUCUUCCAGGUCUCCACACUGGACGCCGCUCUGUCCGGCAGCCUCUCAGGAGUGGAGGGCUUCACUUCUGCGGAGGACCAGGAAAUGAUCUCGCGCAUUGAGAAGCAGAUGAAGAGACGCUUCGCCAUCGGCUCCCAGGUGUCCGAGCACAGCAUCGUCGGAGACUUCACCAAACAGAAAUAUCCGGAGCACGCCAUCUACAAAGUCCUCCACCUGAUGCUGAGGCGGGGCGAGCUGCAGCACCGCAUGCAGAGGAAAGUGCUCUACAGAGUCAAGUAGAGCCCACGGCGCUCCAGCAUGUAUACAUAUUGUCAUUGUAAAUAGUUUUUGGUCUGCUCCUUUUUGUGGCGCUCUGUGACAGCCGAUGGAAUCAUUUCUGAUCCAAGUCCUGGUGAAAACUGUUUGAUUGCUACAGGAUCUGGAUUUAGAGCUGAUUAAUGCAUCAGAAUUUAUACAAAAAAUGAUUUAGAAAAAAAAAACUGUUUAGGGUGUCUCUGUUACACAAAGAUGUUAUCACUUGUCCACAUGAUGUGUAAAGAAUUAAAGUAUUUGAAAUCCUC